CCAGUCCUGCAUCGGCGUCACACCCUCGGAAGGGAGAGCUAGCGAUGGAGAGCUGGACGGACUACUUCACGUCGCACUUCUACGCCAUGAAGGCGCGGCCCGUGUCGGCCUUCGACCCGUCGGGCUUCAUCAUCGUCGUCUCCUUCUUCCUGCUGCUCGUGGGCGUCGUGGCCGCCACGGCGCGCGCGCUGGUCUCGAGCCGCGGGCUCGUGCUGCGCUCGCGCGUGGAGAAGAACCUGCAGGACAUGUCGGACUACGUGUCGGACCAGCGCAACCGCGUGGAGGAGAAUCUGCAGUACAUCAAGGGCCGCGCCAUCGACCACUCGGGCCGCCAGGGCUUCAUCGCCGAGAUGCUCAGCUACGCCUACCUCUCGCGGCUCGCCUUCUCGCUCUCCAUCUUCGCCAUCGCCUCGUACCUCAACACGCUGGCGGCAGUCAUCGCAGGCUGGCGCACGCCCAACGUCGUGAUCCUCAACCUCGCCAAGGAGAGCACCAGCGUCAAGACGCUGCCGGACCUUGGACACGACCUUUUCAAGUUCGUCAUGACCAAGAUCUACGGCCACACCACGUACAUCGAGUGGUUCGACCUGCCCGACGAGUUCCUCGCUGCUGUGGGCACGCUGACGUCAUUCAUCCUCAUCCUGCACCCGCGGCGCCUGCUGAUCUUGCGUCGCUUCUGCUUCAUCUUCGCUAUCAUCAACCUCAUGCGAGCUUGCUGCGUGGCUGUCACGUCACUGCCCGACGCCAGCCCCAUGUGCAUCUCCCAGUUCGACAGCGAGCGCGGAGACUACAAGUCGCUCCCCAUGUUCCCGAAGGCCUUCUUCCGCGCGUGGAAGGUGUUGAUCCGCCCGUCACAGCACAUUACCUGCGGUGACAUGAUCUUCAGCGGCCACGCUGUCUUUUUGAUGCUCUGCUGCAUGUUCGCCCAAACGUACUGCUCGCGCUCAGAGCUGAACACUCCGUUCACGCGCCGCUACCCGUACGUUUUGUGGAUGAUCCGCUACUACAAUUACAUCCUGUCGGCGUUCGGCCUCUUUGCCAUCGUUGGCACGCGGUUGCACUACACGCUUGACGUCCUGAUCGCCGUCUACAUCACGGCUCAAGUCUGGUUCACGUACCACUGGCUCAUGAACCACCCGGAGAACAGCUUUGCGGUGAUCAACUGGCUCGAGCAUGAAGAAGUGCACCUGGUCGACCAUAACGCUUACCGGAAGGCGCGACGAUCUGGCAGCCAAAGCGAGCGGAUCGACAAGAUCGACUAA